AUGAUCAAUGGGAGAUACCUCAACGAAGCCGAUGAGAAAGAACGCAUUGAAUGCAGGGAAAAAGAACUCAAAGAAGCCAGGGAGACUAGGGAGAAGCGGCGUGUGCCUCAAAUCCUGACCAUCACACAGGCCUGUCGUCAAAUCUACCAGGAAACCGCGCUCCUCCAGUUCAAGUCCAACAUUUUCCACUUCACCUCAGUGGAUGCACUUCAACUUUUCACCGAAGACACCACACUCCAUCAACGCCGCGCCAUCACCACUAUAUCCGUCAGCGAACAGUAUACGUUCACAAUCAGCGGCAGCAGAAGGCCUAAAUCUCUACCCCACAUGCGAGUAUUUCUUCCGGGCCUCAAAAGGGUAUGCUUGAUGAAACAUGCGUUGAGAUGGUUCGACGUCGAUACUACUCGCGAAAGGCUCGUGGAGGCUGUCCAUGGAUUGGCUCUUGGUGGUGAAGAAGGGAAGGGUGUGUGGAUCGGUUACUUUGACGUACGGGAUCCGAAUGCCGUCUUGGAAGAGGCCUUUGGCAUCACGAUUGGUUCUGGCGCUGCUUGA